AUGGAAUUCAUCCAGUAUGCAGAGCUGGGAAAUGAUGUGGAAGCACAGAUGCUGCGAUCUCAAGAGUACCUGAACAUCUUCAGGUGUCAUGAACUUCUUUCAGGAAGCGAUGGCUUGCUAUCUCCAUGCUGCUUGGCAGUGGGGGGCGAGGGGGGCCCGGCCCCGGCAGGGAGAGCGCCGCGGCCCCGCGGUCGGAGCGGGCUAACCCCGCGCUGCUGUCGCCCAGGCCGGCUGUGCACCCCCGAGCUCGGUGGGCAGGACGAGGCGUGGCGGGGAGACCAGCUGUCCUCCCAGCUCUACAGGAACAAGCAGCUUCAAGAUACUUUGCUUCAGAAGGAAGAGGAACUUGCUAGGUUACAUGAAGAAAAUAAUAACCUCCGACAAUACCUGAAUUCUGCCCUGAUUAAAUGCUUAGAAGAAAAAGCCAAGAAAGUGCUGUCCUGCCAUGGCCAAAAAAACUCUGCUAUUCUCAAAAACACCAAAAGGAGAUUAAAAGAGGACUACUGCUUUACUCCUCAAGAAAAUCCUCAUGCUUCCAAAGCCAGAAGGAACCUCUUUAAUGAAUUCACUGCCUGUGAAGAGCAAGCCAGUCCUGCUGUGGACAGCUGGGUCUUGCAGACCUUAGGACUGAAAGAUGUCGACACCAUCGAUGAAUCUUCAGCUAACUACAGUGCCCUGUCCUCAGACCUUGGAAAAGAUUCGUACUGCCUGAGCCCCGAUGAAGCAAUAGACUAUGGCCACAGCGAAGGAGCAGCAGCAGCAUAUAGCUACAGCCACAUGCCUUCAGUUAACAGCAGUGUCCAUCCAUGCAGCACGGACUCUACCUUCCUUCCCCAGUUUCCUUCAGCACCCUGUGUCUCUUCACCAGUGCCAAGUGUUUCCUCCCUCCCAGCCUAUGGGUUGCCAUAUUUGACUAACGAUUUGUCACCUAACAGAACAGAAGUGGCCUUCACAACAUCUCUAAGUCCUCACCGCAAUGUGAGAACACACACCUUCCACCAAGGACAAGCUUUUGUGCGCAGAGAUGAUGAUGGAGGAUGGAGAUUCACCUGGGUGCCCAAGCAGGCUGAAUAAGGCACCUGCAUCAAGGGUCAGCUAGAGGGGAUGUAAGAGACAUACACUUCACCCUGUGCUCGAGACAACUUCAGGCAUCAGAAACAAGCCUGUUAAAUGUUACCCUGCCACCCACCCAUUCGUCAUUCCCUUCCAGAUUUUCACAGGUGUGGCUCCGGAUUGCACUGAGACAGGUAUCUGCCCCAGGCCAGGUGUUUAGAUUGGACCUAAUUCUCUUGUGCCUGUGUUGAGAUACCUUCUUUUUCUUGCAUCAUGGUUUCUUUGUCAUCAACUAUUCCUUGUUGACUCAUGUCUUCCAGACUGAACUACUUUCAGCAUUGACGGUCACUCCCACAUGCAUCAAACUGGAAGGGAUUUGGGGAAUACAGUUUGGAAAUAACAUCUCUCCCCAACAUCCACAGAUGACAAAGAUGGCAUAGGCUGAGGGUCAGCAGUGUCUGUGAUUUGGGUCUCUCUUGGCUAUGUAGAUUGCCUUGGAUUAAGGCAACCACUCUAUUUGUUAACGUGUUACACUAGGUUGCCCUACCUGCAGUCACUUAGUACUGUCAUUAUUUAUUUUUUUAUAAUAAUUCAUAACAGGACUUGCUUCUGUUGCCUAAAGGCUACUUAAUUACAAGCGAUCCAGAAGUUUAAGAGAUUUUCUGCUGCUGUGAUUAAAAGACCGAUGUGUUUUCUGCAUCGUUUUAAAGGUAUUUUAUCUGUCAGGAGUUAAGAUAGAGCCCUGUAUCUCACCAACUUUAGCUACAGAACAGGAACUAGAUUUGAAGGUGCUGUGGAGUAAUGACACUGCCAUCUCCAGCCAAGGCCCUGAUCUGAUAUAUCAGUGGCAGGCAUUUUCUCAGCUGUGGUUGAAGUACACUCAGAGCACUUCUUUCUUCUGCAAAACAUGCAUUCCCCUCAGCUGCAGGAUCCCACUAGCCUUCUGAUCAAUUUUCAUCCCUGUCUACUGGCCUAAUAAUGGAUGUUUUUUAUAGAAGGAAGCCACUCCUGGCUUCAGAAGUGGUUUCUGUUGGUUCCAUUGGGCUGUUUUGCACUUGUGAAAGUGGAGAUGUUGUUUCUAGGGAACAACUUCUUGACCUUUUUGUCUUGAUCUUUGAGAUCAUGCAGAGAUUUCCCUGCAGUCAACAUCAGCCCAGAAUCAGGGCUGCUUCCUCCUCCCCACCAUACCCUUCAUGCUUCCUGUGUGAAACGCUUAUGUUUCUCCUGGUUUGUGGAGGCAGUAUCACUUAGUGAUUAGUGAGUGUUUGGGAACUCAACCUUCAACACCACCUCUUGCCUCUCCAUGUCUCUGUCAGGCAGUGGUGACCUGAAGCUAAGACCGUGACUGCCUUGAGAAUGUUUUAAAAUGCCUGGCGAGGAGGUGCUCCAGCACUGCCCAGAGCUGUUGGUAACACUAUUAAUGACGUGAAGUCAACUGACCUGCAGUAAGCUCACUGGUGAUGUUUGUGUUACAUUUGUUUUCCGCUUUAUAGUAGUUUGAUGCCUAAACGUUGGAAGCGAAGGGAAUGAUUUGGUUAUUCUGGCUUUCAGAAUGGCCCCAGUGACAUUGAGGAAGUACUUUCAUAAGUAAAAAUAACCAUAUGUGAGAAUUUCCUUCCAGUGGGCUUAUUUUUCUAUAGAAAACUAGAUAUUUUAUUUUUUAAAGGAUAAAAGCAUCUCCCAAACAGCCUCUUGUGCCUUAGAAUUGCAAUAUUUGGAUUUCUCCAUAGGAGCAGUAGUGAUUUCCCAGAAGACUUUUAAAUAAAUGACUGUAUUUCUGUGUAGGUACUUUAAAGUCAUAGGGCAGACUUCCAGAAUAGGCUAUUUGAAAGCAUUGAUUGUAGGCACUAUUGCACUGGAUUAAAAACAACAACACACAUGAAAUAAAUACAAGAUUAUUUUUUUCUGGGGUUUUGUUGUAGUCUGUGAAAAUGUGGCCAGCUGAUAAAAACUGGUCAGGCAAGACCACUGAUCUAUAGCACUUUUCUGCUUUUCCAUGAAAGUAUAUUUAAAAAAAAAACUGUCCUACAAACAGUUUUUUUUCAAGGCAUUUUUCUACUAAUAGACUCUAGAUCUACUAUAUAAUGUGACACUGAAGAAAAUAACUCCAUUCACUGGAGUUUUUAUUGGUGCAUACGAGUGCAGAAAAUAUCUGGCCUUAAGUGAUGGGAAGCCCUGGUAUUUGUGGUGAUAUGGGAUGAACAACAUGCAGGCAAAUAAACAGUGUGGCCAGAGGAUUAUACCCAACACAGCUGUAGAUACCACAUCAUUCAAAGCAGCUGUAAAACUUAAGCAGAGAAAGAUCUCUGUAUUCUAAUGGUGCUCGAUACCAUUGCCUAUGUUUUUCAAUGAUACGGAGUCAGCAGCAGUAACAAAUACAUCAUUUGUUCUGUCAGCAAAUAUUAAAUCUUAUUUUGUUUUCUCUAAGGAGAGAAAACUUUUCCCCAUUUGACAUUUCCUUUCCACAUCUUUAGAUCAAUUCAUUUGAAAGUUUCUUUGCAGAGAAGCAGCACACAGCAGUCAGAUCUUUGGUACAAUUCCAAGUAGGGUUUCAGCAGAACUGAAACAGUGCUCGAAUCUUUGCAGCAUUUUGUAAAAGGAUGACUGGCCCCCUUGUCUCAUAGCAAAUAAAUUAUAGAUGUAACUGAAUAGUUCAAUGCACCUAAACAUAUCUUCCUAUUUUGCUGCGGGCUCCUGAGUUUUGCUCAGCACAAAAAUAUGGAGUCCUGUGGCAGGGAUUUGUGUAGAGUCCCAUAGUGCUGCUCCUGGCUUGCAAACAUGAAAACUUACAAUUCUAGUUUAGAAAACUGUGAGAAAAUAUAUCUGCUGUCUGCUACAUGUGAACAAUGCUUCUGAUUGCCAUAGCAGAAGGAGCACACUGGAAAAGAAAUUCACCAAAUAACUAAAGGUGAUUUUUUUUUCCCCCAACACCAUCAUUUGAACAAGUAUUUCCUUAGCUAUCAUUAAGUACAAUGCAAACAAGACUACUCUAGCACCAGUGCACAAUAAACAAGCCAAGGUGAGGACUGAGACUCUUCUGCUUUUCUGUUUCUCUAAAAACAAGAGGAAGCACCUCUGGAUUCUGAUAUGGCCUCUGGUAUGCCAUUUCAUUUCUGUGCUUUGAUUUCUACUGGUUCCACCAGUGGUGGAACCAGUUCAGAGCAGUUUAACAAGAAAACACAAUAGUUGCUGCUGCAAACUGUGUGAGGUUCCCUCUUGCCCAGGAGCAGCUCCAAAUGUGUGUACCUCUGGGACUGGGAGGCAUGACUUAAAUGGCCCAGGGGCACUGGGAGGCUCAUUGGGCAAUGGGAACUUCAUCAUCUGUAAAUACUCAUUUUGUAUUAACAUAUCUGUUUUAUUUUUUUAUUUGAAGUUCUUUUUCUUUGUGAAUGGAACACAUGCAGCUGCACACUUUAAAACAACCCAUGUUUCUAGAAUGUAUGCUAUUAGAAACAGAAGUUAAUUUAACACUUGAUGUUUGAUUUUUGUGAUUGAGAGUCUAUGAUUAUACAUAAACAUCAAUUUUACCUGUGUAAUUAAGUUUAAGUUAUGUCUAAUAAAACUUGAAAUAACAUCUAAUUGAUGCAAAUCUGCCCACAACUACACACAAACAUCUAUUAAACAACCAUUGUUCACACUGCACAGCAUAACACCUAGCACCUACAUGCCUCUUCAGAGGACAGAGAGAUCUUUAUUUCCUGCAAACACAAGUGUCCACACAAGCAGGUGCAGCUUGUGAGCACGUUAUAACAGAAGUAAAGAUGCAAUAACCACAGGUAUGCCACUUCAGCCAGGGCUUGCACAAUGCCUUUCAGUGAUCCAUUAUUGUUUUGGCUAAGAAAUAGAUUCCACACUACAGAAGGACUAGGACCGAGGGAAGUACUGUGCUUUUUUUGUCUGUUAUUUUUGCAGCAAACCCACUUAAUAUACCUACACCUUCCUUCUUAGUCAGCUGAGCAUCAUGAUAGUACUCUGUGUACUCCUAAUUUUGACUCUGAAGUGAUGAAUUGUAAAGUGGUACCGAGGUGUCAUGUAAAGAGACUGAAGAUGAGAGAAGAGCAUGAGUAAAGAAUGCAAGUCUCCAUUUAGUCUGCUAUACUCAACACCAAAAGUAAAACUGUUAUUAACUUCAUUUUCUGACUGGGAGAAGGUUUAGUAGUGACCAGACACCAGCUAGGACCAGCGAGAUCAAUUUUUCAUUGGAAAGCAAGAUUAUUAUUUUUUUUAAUUGCUCCUGAGAUACAGAAAGAACCUUCUGCUUUAAACUCUUUUGUCCUCUAGAAGCCACUGUUAGCCUAGCAGAUGAUUCGCAAACAUUCUGGCUUGUUGCCAGGUAGAUGACACCCUGUCACAGAGAGAGCAGUCUAUAAAUAAUUUGUAGAAUGAGUUGUGAUUCACCUAAAAUGCCAUCUUUCCAGUCAUUCCUCUGGUUCGUCAGUUGUGCAUCACUGAGUUAUUUCAAGGCUAAAUAUUUACAUGCACCGCAGCCCAAGGAAAUCAGCAUAACAGUGGAGUGCGAGCAACGGAGUAUAAACAUCAUCAGGGGCACGAACAUCUGGGAGGUCUGCAUAUUUCCUGAUUUAGUCAAAAUCCCCACUCAAGUAGUAGCUGCGACACUGGUAUGGUUAGCCAAAACUCCCAGUCACCUCUUCAGAAGGCUGUUAUCCAAAGAACACACUCUUCGUUUAUAAAAGCAACGUACGCAUGGCUAACAUCUUCCACCACCGCCGCGU